AUGGAUCCGCGACCGGUGGUGGUCGUCGUGGGCGCGGGAAUGGCGGGCGUGACUGCCGCACGCACGCUGCAGCAAUCGGGGUGCGUGCGCGUGCUGCUUCUGGAGGCGAGUGGCCGGCUGGGAGGCCGCAUCCACUCUGCCACGUUCGGGGGCGACCUGGUGGAGCUGGGCGCCAAUUGGAUCCACGGCAUUCACGGCAGCCCCCUCUACGCCAUCGCACAGGAGCAAGGCCUUAUGCAAUCCCCUGGGUCUGGCUGCAUAGAGCCAAAUGGAAAGAUGCAGGGGGGUGUGGGGGCGCCUGGGAAGGGGCAGGAGAGGCUGUGGAAGGGGGUAAAUCGGUGGAGGAGGGAGGGCGGGGGGGAGGCGGAUGCGGGCGUGGUGAAGGAGGUGAAACGCGUAUUCAGGCGGCUUCUGAGGGAGGCGCAGCUGGUGGGGUCGCAGGUGGGGGAAGGGAAGCAGCAGCAGGCGCGAUUUACGGACAAGACUGGAAGAGAGGUGACAACCGAUGAGAGUGUGGGGCAGUACAUACACGAGGGCAUGCUGCAGUACCUGGCCAAGCAAGGGUGGGCCCACCAGGAAAAGAACUUGGAGCAGCAGCAGCAGCAGCAGCAUGUGCAGAAUGGCAGCAUGAGCAAUAACGGCGAAUAUGGCUGCGACAGUGACAGCGAUGAUGGCGAUGACGACGAGGACAGGUGGGAGGAUGACUGGACUGGAGCCACAGUGCUGUGCAAUGCUGGUGACUCAGCUGUCGCCUUCCAAGACUCUACCAGUGCUAGUGCCGGUCCCUCCGUUGCUGUUACUGCGCCCACUCAAGCGACUGAACCAGCAACAUCACCACCAGCACCAUCGGCAGCACCAUUAGCAGCAGCAGCACCAUCGCCAGCUGCGAGCAGCAGCGAGCAGGCAGUGGGAGUGGAGUGGGCGUCAGAGGCAGUGAACGUUGAGGUUGGUGGUGUGGCAGCAGCUGGGAGCAGCAGCAACGAGCGGGUAGGUGUCGAGAAUGUGGAGUGGGCAUCAGAGGCAGUGAGGGCGAGGGCGGCGGUGUGGCAGCAGAGGGAGCGGCUGGAGUGCACCAUCAGCGCCUGCCACUCCACUCACCACCUCUCCCUGCGUUACUUUGGCGAAUACGAGGAGUUUGGAGGGCCACACGUCACCAUCGCUCAGGGUUACUCCCGCAUUGUGGAGCAUUUAGCAUCGAGCCUCCCUGCUGGUACCAUCCGACUCAACUCGCCUGUCUCGCAGAUUCACUGGACCCCUCUUACCUCCUCGUCCUUGGUAGGCGGAAAAGGAAGAAAGGUUGAAGCAGCAGAGGCAGUAUCAGGAGAAAAGGGAGAAGUAUCAUCAUCAUCAGCAGGAGCAGCAGCAGCAGCAGCGGUCGCAACACUGGAGGGGCAACAGGGGGGAGAGGAGUGGAAGAGGAAACCAGUGUGUGUGGUGUUGGAGGGAGGAGAGAAGGUCUACGCGGACCAUGUUAUUGUAACGGUGUCACUGGGCGUGCUUAAAGAGAGAGCUGCUGGGAAGGACGCCGAUUCCCUGCCCGAGCGAAACAUUUUCUGCCCGCCUCUGCCCGAGACGAAACUGGGGGCGAUUCGGCGGCUUGGCUUUGGAGUAGCUGACAAAGUGUUCCUGCAGUUCCCACAGCCGGCGGUUUUUGGGGAGGACACAGCAGAGCUGGAGAUAGUGUGGGACGUGCCGGCUCAACCCCUAGCUCCGCCAACCCACUGGCCUGGCCCUUGUGCUGCUGAUGCCUCGGCUCGCUUUCCUGCGUGGACGCGGAAGCUCUUCUCCUUCCACCCAGUCAACGCGCAGUCGCGAGUGGUGCUGGCGUGGAUAGCAGGGAAAGAGGCGUUCGACAUGGAGUCCUGGCACGGGGAAGAAAGGACAAAGGAGAGAGAGUGUGAGCUCAAGAACAGUUCAAGUGUUUGUAAUGGCAGCAUGGCUGCCAAGGCUAGUAUCGCGCAAGCUGAUUCUGCUAGCAGCGCUACUGCUACUACCGGUGAGGCGAAUGGUUUAGCCCAGUUGACAACCGCCACCACCACCACUGCCUCCCACACUCUCCCUCACUUCAACCACAUGCUGUGCAACGUUAUCCGCCAUUUCCUCCCGAAAGAAACCGCCGCACAGCUCCCGGAGGCUGUUGCGGGGCUGAGCAAACAGUGGGGGUCGAACCCGCUGUUCCGAGGGUCGUACUCGUUUGUGGCUCCUGGGGGAUCUGGGGAGGACUUGAACAUAAUGGCUCUGCCUGCAUUUCCAGUGCUAGCUACGUCUGCGGUUGCUUUAAAGCCCUCUGAUUGGAAGAGGGAGACUGGACAGCAACGUUAG